GCCCGGCUGCAGGCGCGCGCAGGGGGCCAGAAAGGCUGCGGCAGCGCCGAGACGCGGAGCUCGCCCACCUCCGGAGCAGCGGCCGCGCCAUGCACGUGAACGGCAAGGUUGCGCUGGUGACCGGCGCGGCGCAAGGCAUCGGCAGAGCCUUUGCGGAGGCGCUGCUGCACAAGGGCGCCAAGGUAGCGCUGGUGGAUUGGAAUCUUGAAGCAGGUGUGAAGUGUAAAGCUGCUUUGGAGGAGCUGUUUGAACCUCAGAAGACUCUGUUCAUUCAGUGUGAUGUGGCCGACCAGAAACAACUAAGAGAUACUUUUAGAAAAGUUGUAGAUCACUUUGGAAGAUUGGACAUUUUGGUCAAUAACGCUGGAGUGAAUAAUGAAAAAAACUGGGAAAAAACUCUACAAAUUAAUUUGGUUUCUGUUAUCAGUGGAACCUAUCUUGGCUUGGAUUACAUGAGUAAGCAAAAUGGAGGUGAAGGUGGUAUCAUUAUCAAUAUGUCAUCUAUAGCAGGGCUCAUGCCUGUUGCACAACAGCCCGUGUAUUGUGCUUCAAAGCAUGGUAUAAUUGGAUUCACACGCUCAGCUGCGAUGGCUGCUAAUCUCAUGAACAGUGGUGUGAGAAUGAAUGCCAUUUGCCCUGGCUUUGUCAAUACAGCCAUCCUCGAAUCCAUUGAAAAAGAAGAAAACAUGGGACAAUAUAUAGAAUACACGGCUCCUAUCAAGGAUAUGAUGAAAUUCUACGGAGUUUUGGACCCAUCCAUGAUUGCCAAUGGGUUAAUAACCCUCAUUGAAGAUGAUGCUUUCAAUGGUGCUAUUAUGAAGAUCACAGUGUCUAAGGGAAUUCAUUUUCAAGACUAUGAUACAACUUCAGCUUAGUGAACAUCUUACAUGUUGGACGUAUCUGAAAAUAAACACAAAUGACUUAUAUUCAGACCAUAUCUUCCUUUAAGUACUGCUUUUUAAAUGAAAUCUUAUAGUUUGAAACUUUUCGUAAAAAUGAGAAUUAGAGAAAUUUCCUUCAUGCAUUGGAUGUUAAUAAGUAUGUUAAUGUUUUUCUAAAUGAUUAGCUCUACAUAUGGAUAAGAAAAUUAUCAAAAAUAUGAUGUGGACCAAAGGUAGGUUGUGAUCUUUAGAGUCUAAGUAAUGACUAAAACAGAGAAUAUUCAAGGAAUAUUCUGCCAUCCAUUUAAAUCUGUGAUUCAUAAUUAUUGUUUUUCAAAACAUCGUUUUAAAAGAGAUACUUGAAUUGCUAUUUAAAUCAAACCUGAUGUAAAAAGACUCAUUUUGUUUCUGUGUUUGUACUUUAAGAGAAGAAAGCUACCUACAAUGGCAAAUGUUUGGUAAUAAUAAUUUUUACUUAUGUACCAUCUUUUCACUGAACAUCUCAGCUUUCUAAACUUGUUAGCCUAUUUUGGACCCAUUUGUUAACUAAUGAAUAUAUUACAGUGUGCAAAUUUCCCAAAUGAAAAAUCUGAUGUUUGGAAACAUGAUGGAACGUGACUGGCUGGGAAUGCUGAUUCACAGUUCAGCCAUCACCUGGGAAGAACACUUCUUUCCUCUUUGCUUAUUUUAAAGACUUUGACUCCCAAAACUCAGGAAUGAAUCUUUUAACAGUCAAGCAAAAAGAAUAGUUAGUACUCCUAAAAUGUUAUAUUAAGAUAUGCUCAGUAAGAAAAAAAAUAAAUGUACUUGUUUUUAGAUUACUUUAUUUGUACCAAUUUCAAAAGUGCUUACUUAGUUUUCAAUAAAACUCUUUAAUCUUCGUAAGUUACUUAGUGUUCUAUGUAUAGCUGUUGAGGAGAAUAAAGCAAUUUGUCACAAUCACAACUGUAAAUAUUUUUUGUAUGCUGAAUGUCAUAAUAACCCAGAGGAAAAAUAGCAGUGAUGUUCUGCCCUUUUCACCGUCAGAUACUUUAAGAAAAACUCAUUAAAUGCAUCUGUUUUGGGUAACACUGUUUGCAAGCAGUAUUAAUGCUAAGAAUACUGAAAGCGCAAGAUUUCCAAAUCAAUCAUUUUUUUUCACAGAAAUAUUGUAUAAAUGAAGCAAUGCCUACUAAGGGCCAGAGUUCCCGGUUUGGAGGGACACCCAUCCACGGUAGGUUGAUAAGGAUUUCAUAGAGAUACUGGAGUGUUCUCGCACCUCACUCUGUUGGAACUCUGCCAUAGACAGCAAUGCUUUCAUUUUUAAGGAGUAAUUUGAAGGUGAAUAACAGUUGUCUAAAGGUCUACAUAAUGUAUUUGACAAACACCAGGAAAUAAACAUCAAAGAAUAUCUGAUACCAAUAAAUUGUAAUUAGACACAAACUUGUUUGUAACUUAUGACCAGACCCACCCAUUGCCGUGAGUUGAUUCCGACUCAUAGUGACCAGUGACCAGUUAAUGGAUGAUACAGGUAUGUGCAGUAUGAGUUAUGUAUUUUCCUACUUCAAUGUAAAGCCACAGCUUAAACUUUGCAGUUACGUAUCAUUUUUGUACUGGCAGCCUUCAACAUACAUUGUGAAUUGAAUUAAUUUCUUUUUCAAUUCAAUAGAUGAUGUCAACAUUUAAAGUAAAAUACUGAAUAGAACUGAAUAAAAAUGUGAGUUACCACUGAAUAAACUGAAUAAAAAUGUGAAUUCCCAUGCUGGAAACAACUCUUGGGUAAGAACUGUGCUUUUUUUCCUGCUGACACCCCUUGCAAGUCCGUGAUAAAUACUUAGUGAAGAGAAAGCUCUUGAAUCCUACAGCUCCCCAGCAUAAACUCUAUUUCAGUCUUUGUAUAUAACCAGUCCUUAUCUACAGAAACAUUUUCCUUUUAGGAA